UGUAAUGCCUGUGCAUAUUGUGCUAUGUCUCUCCUGAUGACUGGGACUGGGCACAGAACAGGAGUAUGAGCUGCAGGGAGUCCAUUUACAGUACUUGCUCCAUCCAACAGGGUAGAACCUCUCGUGCUGUCUCUCCUCCCUAGCAGCUCUGCGCUCUCAUUCACUGUGAGGGGUGAAAAGUUCUGCCGACAGUCUCAUUGAGGAGAGAGACAUCUCUCUGAUUAACUUGUCUGUCUCUGCAACACCCCAGCACUAAGGAUGACGGUCACGCUGGACUUUGAAGAGACUCUCACAGACUCCCCCCGCACAAGGGCAGCUAUGGAAGAAGUUGAGUCUGAGGUCUCUGAUCUGGAGUCUCGACUGGAGAAGUUGGUUAAACUCUCCUCUCACAUGAAUGAUGGAGGGCGCCAGUACUGCAGCUCCAGCCGCCACUUUGUAGACGCACUACGUGAUUUGUCCCACCACUCUCGGAAGGAUACCAUACUGAGUGAAUGUUUGGAGAAAUUUUCAGAUGGACUCUCGAAGAUCAUAGACAGUCAUGUGGAACUUCUUGAGAACAUUCAGUUUAGCUUCAAACAAAGACUCCUGCUCCUUCUGAAAGAAGACCUACGAUCUUUCCGAGACAGUCGCAAGGAGCUGGAGAGAUGCAGGGAAGGUUUGGAAAGUGCACUACAGCACAACGCAGAGACUCCUCGUAGGAAAACUCAGGAGGUGCAGGAUGCAGCAACUGCUGUGCUGGGCUCUCGUAGAACAUUCAGAGACAGAGCCUUGGAAUAUGCUCUGCAGAUUAAUGUCAUUCAAGGAAAGAAGAAGUUUGACAUUUUGCAGUUUAUGCUGCAGCUGAUGGACGCCCAGGCCUCGUUCCUGACUCAGAGCCACCAUGCCAUGCAAGCCCUCCAUCAGUAUCGCAAUGAUCUGGCCGCACAGGUCCAUAGGUCGGUGCUGGAAGCUGCCCGGGAGCAGAGAGACAUGGAACAGAAAUUGUCCAUCUUCAAGGCGAAGGACAUGUCCGACGAGGAUUCCGUUUUGCAGGGGGAGGAUGCGAGUUCCCAAGUUGUGAUUGAGGGAUAUCUCUUCAAAAGAGCCAGCAACACAUUCAAAACAUGGAGCCGACGCUGGUUUUCCAUUCAGAAUAAUCAGCUGGUGUAUCAGAAGAAAGUGGACGUCCUCACUGUUGUCAUUGUGGAUCUGAGACUUUGUGCAGUGAAACUGUGUCCGGAGGCAGAAAGGAGGUUUUGCUUUGAGGUUGUGUCUCCAGCCAAGUCGUGCAUGCUGCAGGCAGAGUCGGAGCGAGUGUUACAGUUGUGGGUCAGUGCCGUGCAGAGAAGCAUCACAACAGCCUACAGUGACAACAAGAGAGAAAGUGGCAGUCUGCGUCUGCCCCAUUCCCCUGCAGAGGCCCCUGCCAAGCAGAAGGGGGUUCAGGGUGCCCAGGAUACAGUUCUGAGGGUCCCAGGGAACGCCUCCUGCUGCGACUGUCGCACUGCUGAACCCGAAUGGGCCAGUAUUAACCUGGGGGUCACACUCUGUAUUGAGUGCAGUGGAAUCCACAGGAGUCUUGGUGUUCACUUCUCCAAGGUUCGAUCACUGACGCUGGAUUCAUGGGAACCUGAACUGAUCAAGCUCAUGUGUGAACUUGGAAACAACACCAUCAACAGGAUCUACGAAGCCCGAAUAGAAGAUAUGAACAUAAGGAAACCAACAGCAGCCAGUUCACGCAGUGAGAAGGAGAUCUGGAUUCGAGCCAAAUAUGUUGAAAAGAAAUUCAUCACUAAGCUCCCACAAAUCUCCAUGCGAACCCCCCGUCACAGCCAGCCUGAACCUCCAUCAAGCAGUCCCAAAGGGAGGGGGACCAUGGGACAGAGGCCAAACAGCGGACCAGAGUUAAAGCCAAUGAGCAGGUCCUUUGCGCAAACAGAGAUUAGCCGGCCAAUCAGCAGCCCUGGUGCUCAAACACAAAAUAUUGAAGAAACAGAAUCAGAAAACGGCCGACCAAUCAGGUUACGGAAAGCAACAAGGCCAUUGCUGAAGCCUAAACCAGGGUUGGCCACACCAUCUGCUAGAGCUGAAAGUGUGGAUGUGAAUGACGUACGUAACCUCCAUCCUGGGGCCCUUCUGUACCGAGCAGUAGAACAUCGAUGUCUCCCAACAAUGGCUGAUGCUCUAGCGCAUGGAGCAGAUGUGAACUGGGUGCGGAGCGAGGAGAGGGGAUACACCCCACUAAUUCGGGCUGUGCUGUCAAAUUCUCUUGUUGCCUGUGAGUUCCUCCUACAAAAUGGCGCGAGUGUGAACCAAACUGAUAAAGAUGGACGAGGCCCCCUGCACCAUGCCACAAUUCAGGGGUACACAGGGCUGGCCUGCCUAUUCCUGAAACGUGGAGCAGACAUCAACGCUGGAGAUAAUUCUGGAAAAGAUGUUCUGUCCAUUGCUAUAGAAAAUGCCAACGCUGACAUUGUCACCUUACUCCGGCUGGUAAAGAUGCGAGAGGCUGACAUUGCUCUGGGCCAAGCAGGUGAUGAGACCUACUUGGACAUUUUCCGAGAUUUCUCUCUCAUGGCUUCGGAUGCUCCAGAGAAAUUAUCUCGGAGAAGUUGUGACCUGCAGCUGAGCACCUUGUGAGGCCAAUCUUCAGUAGUAAUAAGAUCCACCGUUGCUGCAGAUAACAGGACUUCUAUACCUCUAGGAGAUACUCUGUGGAGCCAAAAGACUGUUUCAAGGCCAAAUACAGGAGAACCUUUAGGAAAAUCCUUUAGACCUACUUAAAGAUUAUUAAGGAAUGUGUUGAAGCACGUCCCUCAGGAAGGUGAACCAUGGUUGCCCAACUGAAAGCAACCCCAUUGCUGUGGCUUGUCUGUGUGCUCAGGAGAAGACUUGCUUGAACUGCUCAAUGGUUGUCCAUUGGUUUCAAAUAAGGCCAUGCCUGUACCUUUUGGUGAUUCUGAUUAGCCCAUGUAUUCACUUAAUUUCCCCUCUGUCCUGAUUUGUGAUGGAUCAUUGGUAAUGAUAAAGGACUGAUGAUUUAUGUA